UUUUUUUUUUUUUGUUUUUCUUUCACGCUUAAACUCUUUUAUCAACAUGUUCCGCCCUACUCUUUUACUCAACGCUGCCUCCAAGGCCACUCUUUACCGAUCUACUCCUGCAUUCUCUCGUUUCUACUCUGCUGGUGCUCUUAGCCAAGCUGAUAUCGAAGCUCGCGUUUUGGAUAUCUUGAAGGGUUUCGACAAGGUUGAUCAAAGCAAGAUUUCUCUUGAUGCCAACUUUGUCAGCGAUCUCGGUCUUGAUAGUUUGGACACCGUUGAAGUUGUCAUGGCCAUUGAAGAAGAUUUCUCUGUUGAAAUCCCUGAUAAGGAAGCUGAUGAAAUCAAGACUCCUCGUCAAGCUGUCGAAUACAUCUCUCAUCGUUCUGAUGCUCAUUAAAACCAAGUACCAUUAUACAAAAAAAUAAAAACACUUUGGAUAUUCAAAUAGACCUACUAUUCUUUUUUUUUUUUUUUUUUGGUGAAAGGGGAUGCACUAGAUUAUCUUUAUUUUUAUAUUAUUCCUUGGUACUGAAAUUUACAUACUUCUAUAUAGUCUUUUUUUUUAUCUCUUAUUAUACACAUCCUUGUUUUAUUUAUUUAUUAUCAUACAUGCCCUGUCUUCUUCUUUCCCUCAAUUUGAUUGAAAAUAAAGAUGUGAUGAUGCUGAUACUAUCAUUUUGUUUUUGUCUUUAUCUAGUGUUUUAUGGUAAAUAUUUUUUUUCUUAAAAAUGUGAAAAGUCAU